CAGUGUUGCCUGUCUUUAUGUUUCCCUCUGUGGAUGUUAUAGCGCAUUAUCUCGGUCUGAAUGAAGCUUUCUUUUUGGAUUUCCCCCGCGCCGACGCUGUUUCUGGGUGACUGCCCAUUCUUUACUUGUGAAGUCGCGCGUUAUAAUUUUAUUGCCGAAACCUUAUGAGCUUUUUUCAUAUUUUGAGGCGUACCUUGUAUUUAAUUUUGUCAGACAAUGCCGCGGCUUCCUUGAACGUGUUUUAGCAGUUAAUAUCUUCAAAUCUUGUGUGUCAAUUAUUGCGUAAAAACAGGAAAGUUGGGCGCGCAAAGUUUUGGUGACGGUCGAUAUGGCUAUGGUGGCGUGGAGAAACACCGAAGGCGUCGGGGAUACUCAGGGGACCCUCUCCUCCCCGGUGUCCCAGGUCGCACCUCUGUCUCUGCCCGGGGAGCUGACGGGACACAUGAACCCGGCGUCCUCUCUGGAAAUACCCCAGACAGCAGCCGCACCCCAGGGCGCACCGCCGCCUAAUCCGUCCAGCACCACCACCGCGACCACCGCCACCAACAAUAACAACAACACCUCCUCUUCCUCCUCCUCCUCCUCGUCCAUGGACAAACAGCAGAGCCAACAGAUCGAGUGCAUCGUUUGCGGGGAUAAAUCCAGCGGGAAGCACUAUGGACAGUUCACGUGUGAAGGAUGUAAGAGCUUCUUCAAACGCAGCGUCAGGAGGAACCUGAGCUACACCUGCAGGGCCAACAGGAACUGUCCCGUAGACCAGCACCACCGCAACCAGUGCCAGUACUGUCGCCUCAAGAAAUGUCUCAAAGUCGGCAUGAGGAGGGAAGCUGUCCAAAGAGGCAGAGUUCCUACCCAGUCUUACCACGGCCAGUUUGCCCUGACAAACGGAGACCCUCUACAGUGUCAUUCCUAUCUGUCAGGAUACAUCUCUCUCCUGCUGCGGGCCGAGCCAUACCCGACCUCCAGGUUCGGCUCUCAGUGCCUGCAGAACAACAACAUCAUGGGCAUAGAGAACAUCUGUGAGCUGGCGGCCCGAAUGCUCUUCAGCGCCGUGGAGUGGGCGCGCAACAUCCCUUUCUUCCCGGACCUGCAGGUACCGGAUCAGGUGGCCCUGCUGCGACUCACCUGGAGCGAACUGUUCGUCCUGAACGCCGCCCAGUGCUCCAUGCCCGUCCACGUCGCCCCGCUGCUGGCCGCCGCCGGCCUCCACGCCUCCCCGAUGUCAGCGGACCGGGUAGUGGCCUUCAUGGAUCACAUCCGGGUCUUCCAGGAACAGGUGGAGAAGCUCAAGGUGCUGCACGUAGAUUCAGCAGAGUACAGCUGCAUCAAGGCCAUCGUGCUGUUCACCACAGAUGCUUGUGGUCUGUCGGAUGUGGCCCAUGUGGAGGGUCUGCAAGAGAAAUCCCAGUGCGCUUUAGAAGAGUAUGUGAGGAGCCAGUAUCCAAACCAGCCUAACAGGUUUGGGAAGCUGCUGCUCCGCUUGCCUUCCCUUCGCACCGUCUCUUCUUCUGUCAUAGAGCAGCUUUUCUUCGUCCGUCUGGUGGGGAAAACCCCCAUAGAAACUCUGAUAAGGGACAUGCUGCUGUCCGGGAGCAGCUUCAACUGGCCUUACAUGCCUAUUCAGUAGAGUAAAAAGCUACAGUGGUGCUGCUAAGGUCAGGAAAGGUCUCACACCUCAAACCAAGUCAUUUCAGCUAAUGCAGCAAAAAUCUCUGUUGCUUCAAACAAGGAAAAAAAAAACUGCCAGUGGAAUGAGAUAAUUACAGAAAUGUUCAAGUUAAAAAAAUAUUUGGUUUCACUAAUAUCCAGAUUAAUGAUCUCUGUUUUCUGCAUUGUGUUAUUAUGUUUUCAGAAAGGUUCCUGAAAUAAAUAAACCAUUUUGGCAUCGAGAAACAAUCUGACCCCACUGGCAGAAUUUUUUUUUUUUUUAAUGUUCAAAGAGAAACAAUAUUUCAUGAGAUGAAAUGACUGGUUAUGAUGGACAUUUUUUACAGGGUGGUGACCACUCUCAGUCUAUUGUUUUUGGGAUAACAAACAAUAUUUAUUGGCCCUGUGUGUAUAUUUAUCGUGUUUGUAAAUUAUGUUUUGGCUCCUUUUUUUUUUUUUUUUUUAAUGUUUUAUGUAUUUUUGCCCCGGCUAGAGAGAAAGGUGCAGGGAUUGUCUCGUGUCCAUCCAUUUCUUUCUUUCGUUUGUUUCAUACCUUCCAGACAUGGCACUUUGGACUAAAAGAACGUUUCAGAAAGAUUUCACACAAAUGUUUGAAACCCAGCAUCUUCUGACUUUAACCUAUUUGCUCAGUUGUGUACCAGCAGAGGUGAGAUUAAUGCUCUGUAUUGAUGCUGAAAGAAAGCAGAGAAAGAGAGCUAAAAAAUAUUUGGAAACUGCACUUCUCGUGAUCAGUGUUAGGUUGCGCCAAGUAAUGCAUUACUUGUUAAUCAUUGCAUAGGUAGUAUCAUUACUUUUUUACAUUAAUAUUUCCUUACAUAUUUUAGUUAAUACUUUCUGACUGAUUCCUUUUGCGACAAUAUUCCAUUUCUAUUUUUUUAGCCCUCUAAAAAUAUUUGUUUCUCCUUUUAAUGAUCAGAAACCACGUUUCUCAUCAAAUUAAUGAAUUUUGCCACUCAGAGAAAUUAAUCUUUUAUCGUUACCUCUCAUCUAAAAUGAGAGUUGAUGAUGAGGCUAAAUAUGGAAAAAAAAAAAAAAAAAGACAAGCAGAAGGAGGCUGAAUGUUCAAUAGCUGUACAUGAAUCUGAUAUUUUUAUAUCCAGAGGAGUUAAAGAAAAAAAUUGUAUUCUUUUCACUGGUAACUGGUUACAGUGAAAAGUAAUGACAUUACUCCACUAGAUUAAUGAAUGAUGCAUUACCUCACACUUAUACUUCAUUUCUGUUUCCAGGUGUUUUACACUGACUGUCUGAGAGAGAUUCUAAGAGCACUGGGCCUAAUGUAUAACUGCAGUUUCUUAAAGGGAUAAAUGAACUGUACACAACUUCCCAGGUCGAGUAAAAAAAAAAAAAAAAUCUAUUUCAUUAUAAUUCAUGCAUUUAUGAGCCCAGGCCGCUUAAUGGCACAAUAGACCACUGCAGGGUAUUGCUGAACUUAAAAGUGUGUGUAUAUGCGUGUGUGCGUGCAUGCGUGUGUGUGUGUGUGAGUGAGUAUUUGUGUUUACUUCUUUUUGACAACCACUCUGAUGUACUGUGAAAGCAUAUUGGUUAACAUAUUGGUACCGUAUUAAAUUAUAACUCAAGAUUUAUAAAUAAAGUGUAUUUGGUUUAUUUUGCCAUUUCAA